AUGAACACGCACGCGAGACAGGCGAACGGCUUCUCGGUCGAUAACCUACUCAGCAUCGGCGCGACCUCGACCCCGAAACGACCGCGCCCAUCCUCAUCGACCUCUGGCGCCUCUGUCCCUCGCCCGUCGCACCUCUCUUCGUCGCCCAGUCACGGUCAGACGACGCCACAGCAUCGCCCUCACCCCGGUCCGAGCAGGCUGAACGGGUCGAGUCCAGCUGGCUUCCCCUCUCCCGCUCCGCCCGCCACUCCCUCCGCCCCCGUGAUCCCCUUCUCAACCCGCUCGAACAAGCUCACCGUCCAGGAAUCGCUCAACGCCCACCUCACCCUCCCAACUUCGUCGCAAAUCGCCGGAGACGGGUCGAACAAGCCGAGGGUCAAGUUGACGGCUAGCACAAACCCGGCGGACUAUGAUUACAGGAUUGCGUACGAGAGGGCGAUGGAGCGGAGUGAGGUGCUCGACAACCUGAUCGAUGAAGCGGCGCAGGUCUUCAAGGAGUACUACGGGAUCGAAGAGUUCGGCGACCCUGGCAUCCAGUCGCAGGACGACAUCCUCGUCGUCGGCCGUCUCUGUCCCGAGACCGACACCGCAAAGAUGACCGAAACUUCGACUUGGCUCGAGUCUUCUCGCAUGCUCGGGUCCGGCUCGCGAGUCUUGCUCAAGUUCGAGCCGGACAUGAAGGUUCGUGGUGCGCCGGCUGGAGGAGGAGGGAUGGGCAUGUUCCCCGGGUGUAUGGUUGCGCUCAAGGGGCAGAACGGAGGUGGAAAGUUGUUCGCGGUCAAGGAUGUCUUGAUGAUGCCGCCCAUCGACGCGACCUACACCCCUCCUACCGAGCUCCUCACGCACCAGUACGGCUCCGACUCGAAACAGCUCGGCGGCAAUCCCAUGUCCGUCCUUGUCGCUGCCGGUCCAUACACGGUCGACAGCGACCUCGAGUACGAGCCACUGCAAGCGUUGCUCGAGUUGGCGAAGGAGGAGAAGCCGGAUGUGUUGAUCUUGACCGGCCCGUUCAUCGAUGCCGACCACCCGCUCAUCAAGCUCGGCGAAGUCGACGAGUUCCCCUCUCAGCUCUUCCGUUCCCGCAUCUCCGCCAAGCUCGCCAACCUCCUCGCCGCGACACCUCGCACUGCGGUCAUCCUCAUCCCAAAUGGGAGGGACUUGACGAGCACGCAUGUUGCGUUCCCGCAGGCGCCGCUGCCGAAGGAUCCGGAGCUGGGUUUGCCCAAGGGCGUCCGGCUCCUCCCCAACCCAACCAUGUUCAGCAUCAACGAAGUCGUCUUCGGCAUCACCUCCGUGGACGUCCUCUGGUCGCUCAAGUCGCAAGAAUUCUUCCGCAAGUGUCCCGACGCCGAGCCGGUGUCGGAGGGAGCGCAGGAGGACCCGCAGGCGAAGGAUGUGAUGGCGAGGGUUUGCAGGCAUCUGCUCAGGCAGCGGAGCUUCUACCCCGUCUUCCCCUCCCCUCCGCCCUCCAAAAUGCUCGAUGCGCUCAAUCUCGACAUCACGCACUACGACCUCGUCAAGAUGGGCAGCUCGGGUCCCGACAUCGUCAUCGCCCCGUCGAUCCAGAAGCAUUUCACAAGGAUCGUCGACUCGACCAUCUUCCUCAACCCGUCCUUCCUGACCAAAUCCUCUGCGCCCGCGUCGGCCGGUACCUUUGCGCGUCUCACGAUCCACCCGAUGGACCAGGAGAACCUCAACGAGCUCGCGCACAGCGGGAUGGUCGACGUCGGAGGUGAGCCGGACGAGCCUGUCGAGCAUCGCGUGUGGGAACGGUGCAGGGUCGACAUCAUCAAGGUCUGA